AUGAUAGAAACAAAAAUAGAACAACCAAGAGAAGAAAAAACAUGCGAACAAAAGCGAUCGUACACCGACACACUGAAAAGUAAAGAGAGAUUUUUGAUUGUUAAACCUAAGGAUGAUGAAAUCGACCGCACAAAAACUAAAGAAAAAAUUAGGCUGUUGACCCCGAAAAAUUUGAUAUUGUUGGUAUUAUCUAAUGCAUCGACAAAUGGUAUUCGAAUAACUACAGUUUCUCAAGACGAUAAGUUAGAAAGUACAUUGAAAAACCAACUUGGACCCAAUUUUGAUAUAAUGAGUCAAGAAAAAAAGAAACCAAAAUUAAAGAUUAUCUUUUACGACACAAUGGAUGAAUACCCAAGUGAAGCUGAAUUGAAAGACGGUUUAUAUAGUCAAAAUAUUGACCUUUUUGAUGCUAAUGAUGAAUUAAAAUUGAUAAAAAAAAAUCAUGGAUCAAAAAAAAAUUUAAAAUUGGCAAAAAGAUUUAAUUUGAAACAAAUCGUAGAUAAACCGACUAGAGAAACUAAAGAUACGUCGACAUUGAUUGAUUGGAUUUUCACUUCAAGAACAAAUUCAUCUUGUGAAGUUUUUGAUAACAUUAAUAUUGCUGAUCACAAUUUUAUCAAAUUUUAUUUCAACAAAAUAGAAAAAUCAGAAAAUAGUUACAAAAAAAUAAUCAUUAAAGACUCGUCAGAAUAUUCAGGUGAAAAAUUAAAAGAAAAAGUCAAAAAAUCUAUAUGGAUUCCUGACGAAUUUAAUGAAGAGAUGAAUGUUAAAUUUAAUUAUAAUAACAAUGAAAAUGCGACGAAAGACUUAUCAGAAUAUCCAGAAAAAGUAGUGAGUGAGCUGAUCUUGUAUAAACCAAUAAAAAUCAGUACAUCGUAUAAAUGGUACAACAAAUCUUUAAAAUUGAUGAAAGAAGACAAAAUAUUCGCAAAAAAUACUUACUUGAAUGAUAAAAACGAAACAAACUGGAAAAAGUAUCUAUUUAGACAGCAAAGCUGUCAUUAUCAGAACAUUCAGUUCGAUACUGUAAUGCACCUUGAACUUGACGAUUUCUGA